AUGGCUCUUCCUUCUUUGGUCGCAAGCUUCCUUCCCUCCUCAAUUCACCAUAGCCAACCCUCCUCCUCUUCCUCCUCCGCUGCGUCCUCCGGUCCUCGAUUCGCGACAUGCGGUUUGAAGAUUGAAGAUCAAGAGAUUGCGAGACGUUCGGCGAAUUGGAAACCGAGCGUUUGGGACUAUGAUUUUGUGCAAUCACUCGGUGUUGAUUACACGGAGGAUAUAUAUACGGAGCAAGUCCGAAGGUUGAAGGAAGAAGUCAAGGGUCUAUUCGACCGGGAGAUGAAUCAGGUGGCAAAACUCGAGCUCGUUGACGGGGUUCAAAGACUGGGACUAGGAUAUCAUUUCGAGACAGAGAUCAAGAACGCUCUUGGUUCCAUCCAUAACAACAUCGAAGAUGCUCAGCUUUCAGAUGAUCUCUAUCCCGCUUCCCUUCGAUUCCGGCUACUCAGACAACAUGGAUACAACGUACAGCAAGAUGUGCUUCAAAGGUUUAUGAACGAGACAGGCACAUUCAACGAAUCGCUCAAAAGGGAUGUGAAGGGGGUUCUUGGUCUUUAUGAAGCUUCUGUCCAUGGAUUGGAAGGUGAAACCAUACUUGAUGAAGCUUGGAACUUUGCUUCUAAGCAUCUGAAGGAUCUAAACCUCGACAAAGUUCCCACCAAUUCAGCGAGUAACGUGAGUCAUGCAUUGGAUAUGCCGAUCCACUGGAGGCCAAAUAGGGUGGAGGCUCGGUGGUUCAUUGACAUGUACGAGAAACAACAAGACAUGAUGCCAUCUUUGCUACGAUUGACUAAGGCUCCGUUCCCUAAAUUAGACUUCAAUUUAGUGCAGUCAAUCUACAGGAAGGAACUUAGCAAUGUGGCAAGGUGGUGGGAUGAACUUGGGGCGACCAACACGACCUUCUUUAGGGACAGGCUAGUGGAAUGCUAUUUCUGGAGCAUUCUAAUGGUUUUCGAACCUCAAUAUACAGCUUUCAGAGAAAUGAAUGCGAAGAUCGCUUGUAUGGUGACACUUAUCGAUGAUGUUUAUGACGUAUAUGGGAUGCCGGAAGAGCUUGAGCUCUUAACAGAUUUCAUUGUCAGGUGGGACAUCACAGACAUCGAUAAACUUCCUCCAAUAAUAAGAGAUAGUUUCAUGCUCUUGUACAACACCACCAACGAAAUUGGGUAUUGGACGAUGAGAGAGCAAGGAAUCAACCCCAUCCCUUACCUGCGGAAAGUGUGGGCCAAUGAAUGCAAGGCGUACAUAAAGGAGGUCCAUUGGUACAACAAGGGCACUAAACCGACACUGAAGGAGUACGUGGACGUUGCGGUGAAUUCAGCCGGAGGGCUGGUUAUGCUGUUGACCAGUUACUUCCUAACCACGGAUAAAUUGACGGACGAGGGACUUGAUUACGUGUCGAAAAUGCCCAAUGUCGUGCAUUGCUCUGCCAAGAUCCUUCGACUCAACAAUGAUCUCAGUACAUCAUCGCAUGAAUUGGCACGAGGUGACAACUUUAAGGCGCUUGAAUGCUACAUGAAUGAAACCGGCACUUCAGAAGUGGCCGCGCGGGAACACAUCAGGCAUAUGGUGCGUGAGACCUGGAAGAGGAUGAAUAAUAGAGUCGUGUUUGAGGACUACUCGGUUCCCCGGUUUGAGCGUUUUCUCGGUGCCUGUUUCAACCUGGCACGAGUUUCUCAUAUUUUUUACCAAUAUGGAGACGGAUUCGGCCUUCCCAGUCAGGAAACCAAGGACCAUCUUGUGUCGGCUAUAUACGAACCUGUGCCCCUCGAUUAGGCAUGCAUGAAUGACCAAGGUCUUGCUUUCGGAGAGAGCCUUUGAUCUUAUUUGUCUUUCUUAGCUUUCGAGCUGGAUUUGUGAGCUCUAAGAUAUCGAAGAACAUGCUAUUCCGUGCUUUGUGUGGUGGCUGAUUAUGUUAUUACAAACAAUAUUCAU